CCUGGCAGAAAUGUGAACAGAAAGCACCUGUUGCUACUCUCCAGCCUCAACAAGCACCGCCUAAAGACUCAACUACACCUCUUGGAGAGUGUAAACUGACUUCUGUUCGCUGCAUUUACACAUCAGAACAUCAGACACAAGAUGAUAAUGGCAUCCAUCAUGUGCAAGACGCUGACUUUAUUCAUCAUCUUCAUGGCUCUGCAAGAGGGUUGUGGACUCCCCUUAUCAGACCGGGGAGAGCUGCCAACUCAGCCUCAUCCACAACCGCACCAUGUCAGAACCAAACGCUGCUCCUGUAACAACUGGGAUGAUAAAGAAUGCAUCUACUUCUGCCAUCUUGAUAUUAUCUGGGUCAACACGCCAAGUAAACUCCUUCCGUAUGGCCUUGGAAGUCCCCUGUCCCGUCGUCGCCGCCGCUCAGCUGACCGUUGCGAAUGCCUUAAUCCAGCCGAUAAAACCUGCUCUGUCUUCUGCCAUAACAGUUCAGAGAAUCCAAGGACUAAUGUCAUGGCCCCAUUGACUGAAUCUGCAAACACAAACAACAACAAAUUGCUGGCAUCUUUCAGAUCUAUUGUCAAGUCCAAUGUGGUGAUUGCAAAAGAGAUUUUGUCAUCAAAUAAGAACCCAGGUGGAGUCAACAGGCUGGGGAGCAAAACAAGAAGGUAGAGGCCUGAGCGAACACCAUAAAUGGUCCAACCUCCAUGGAUUCAGUUUCCUCAUACUCCUCCAGCUUCCUUCAAUGACAGUUCUAGGAUUUCGAAAAGUGUCAAGAGUCCUACCAAUCCUGUCCACAUGGACAUGGAUAGAUGCAAGGCAAAAAAUGAUGUGGAUCAAGAAUCUGAUUGACAAAGCUGAGAUUUGGGGGACUGACAGCUCAAGAAGACAGAAACCCUAGAGCUGGAGCGAUGUUGGUGACUUUCAGAGUCAUUUCAUCAACUGUCUUUGAACAGUGUGACAGCAGACAACAGUCUACACAUGCCAAGGAAGGAUCAGUUAAAGCUGAGGAUAUGGAACCCGAUGUCUGGCAUUUGGGGAAACCACACCAAGAAAGACUACUCAGUUAUUGAUUUGUCAUUCUCUAGUUUCUGUGGACAGUGCAAACAUGGAACUGUGUCUGAAUGAAGUUUUAAAUCCACAAA